AUGAACGCGACUAAUUCUAACAUCCGCGGGGACCAACGGUCUCAUAUUUCUCGCAAAUACACGGCAGGAUGGCGGCGUGUGAUCAGCAAUUUCAGUCCAUCAUGGUUCUCAACCACAAUGGGGACCGGAAUUGUUGGCAUUCUCUUCCACAUUAUUCCGUUUGAAUAUGCAGCGUUGGACUACAUGGCCGUUAUUUUCUUCGUCCUGAAUGCCAUCCUCUUCGCCACCGUCUUCUCCAUGUCCAUCCUGCGAUAUGCGCUCUACCCCGAGAUCUGGGGCGUAAUGAUCCAAGAUCCCGUCAAUUCACUUUUCUCGCUACUUGUCCCAUGGGGCUCGCCACCCUGGGCACUGUGGAUUGUCGACGCGGUUGCUGCUGCGUCAGUGACGGUAUCGUUAUCUUUUGUCCUCAUAUCACAGAGCCAUGUCACCUCGCUGGAGCUCAUCACGGCCCUCAAUUACUCCCGAUUGCUGCAACGAUUGUUGCUUCUGGAGCCAGUGCGGAACAUUCUCUAUCUUGGGAAGGUUGCUCGGAAGCUACUUGGAGAGUCUAAUACUUUGGAUCCACUAGUCGGACAUAUAGCCUAUAUAUUCGGCAUCUUGAUAUCACUGCUCAUGUGGGCUUUUGGUCUCAUUUGGCUGGUGUUUGCGCUGGCUACUAUUUAUUAUAGCUCGCCGUUUCCUUUCAAUAUGGGCUGGUGGGGAUUUACUUUUCCGCUGGGUGUGUAUGCAGCCAAUACCAUGCUAUUGGGCGUAGAGAUGGAUUUGAUGUUUUUUAAGAUCUGUGGGACGGUUCUAGCUGCUGCUGUGGUAAUGCUGUGGCUGGUGGUUGCCAGCCGGACUGCACGUGGAGCAUGGCAGGGUAGUUUGUUUCACGCUCCUUGUCUGCAGAACCUUAAAUCCAAGGCAGAGGAUGAAGCUAUCACGGAUUGA